AUGGCGGCCCUGGGCGAGGAGCUGCUCAACAUUGUGGUCGUAGGGUCGCAAUCAGCCGGAAAGUCAUCUGUCCUGGAAAACAUCGUGGGCAGAGACUUUCUCCCCCGAGGAAACGGCAUCGUCACUCGUCGACCGCUCAUUCUGCAACUGAUCAACCUGCCCAGUGAGCGCGACGAAGACGAAGACGAAGAGGUACACGUACCACACACUCCAGCGAGUGUAUCUGGACAGCAGGAAUGGGCCGAGUUCCUCCACGUGCCAGGACGAAAGUUCUAUGACUUCGCCGAGGUUCGACGCGAGAUCGAGAACGAAACCUCGAGGAUAGCAGGAAACAACAAGGGUAUCAACAGGCAGCCCAUUAAUCUCAAAAUCUACUCGCCACAUGUUCUCAGCCUGACACUGGUCGAUUUGCCUGGUCUGACCAAGGUCCCCAUUGGCGACCAGCCUACCGAUAUUGAGAAGCAGACUCGAAAUCUCAUUACCGAGUACAUUGCGAAGCCGAACAGCGUCAUCCUCGCCGUCUCUCCCGCAAAUGUCGAUCUUGUGAACUCGGAAGCGUUGAAGUUGGCUCGCCAUGUAGACCCUAUGGGGAAGAGGACAAUUGGUGUCCUCACCAAGUUGGAUCUCAUGGACCAUGGAACUAAUGCCAUGGACAUUCUGUCUGGGCGUGUCUAUCCUCUCAAGCUUGGUUUCAUUGGUAUUGUCAACCGAUCACAACAAGACAUUCAGGGCAACAAAUCCCUUGCAGAUGCGUUGGGAGCGGAGCGAGAAUUCUUCAGACAACAUCCAGCAUACAGGAAUAUGGCCAGUCGAUGUGGUACGCAAUACCUUGCCAAGAGUCUCAACCAGACCCUCAUGGCCCACAUCCGAGAACGAUUACCGGAUAUCAAGGCACGCCUGAAUACGUUAAUGGGGCAAACCCAGCAAGAACUUGCCAGCUAUGGCGAUGUCACGUUCACUGGCAAGGAACACCGAGGCUCGCUCAUCCUCCAACUCAUGACUCGUUUUGCCUCAUCCUUCAUUGCCUCCAUCGACGGAACCUCGACCGAAAUCUCGACCAAGGAGCUGUGCGGUGGUGCCCGCAUCUACUACAUUUUCAAUUCUGUCUUUGGCAACUCGCUUGAGCAAGUUGACCCGACUACGAACCUCUCUGUAUUGGACAUUCGUACAGCCAUCCGAAACUCUACUGGCCCUCGUGCUAGUUUAUUUGUGCCCGAACUAGCAUUUGAUCUUCUCGUGAAGCCUCAGAUCAAGCUUCUCGAAAUUCCAAGUCAGCGUUGCGUCGAGCUUGUCUAUGAGGAACUCAUUAAGAUCUGUCACACGUGCGGUUCUACUGAGCUCACACGGUACCCCCGCUUACAAGGAAAGCUGAUCGAGGUCGUGUCCGAUCUCCUACGCGAACAACUCGGACCCUGCUCGUCAUAUGUAGCUUCAUUGAUCGAUAUCCAGAGGGCCUACAUCAACACAAACCACCCCAACUUCCUUGGGGCCGCCGCCGCCAUGUCGUCUGUCAUCAACGACAAAGAGCAGAGGGAAAAGAAGAUUGCGAUGGAGCAAGAGCAAAAGAGACGAGCACAAAGGAGAAAGAAGGAGCUCAACGGGGUAAAUGGGGAGGUUACUGAGGAAGUUGGUGAAGAGGUCGAGAAUGGCACGUCGAAAGCACUUCCUCUCCGGAAACAUCAAAACCAGAAUAGCCGCAGCAUGUCUCCAGCAGUUGGACGCAUGAUGAACGGCUCUCAAAGCGCGAUGGCUGGUGCACUCAACAGUCGCAACCGAUCACCACCACACUCUGCCACACGCGACAGCUUCCUAAACUACUUCUUUGGCAAGGAUGGCAGUACUCAAGCCACACCCCAACAAGCAGCACAAGCAGCGCUUGACAACAGGCCUGGAAGCCGACAUGUCAGCCAGAACAGCGAGCCUAGCUUCGCACAAAGUAUUCGAAGAGGUGACACCAGGCAACCCACUCACGUACUGGAGAUGAUGCCCAAUGAUGACGACGACGAUGCUCAGUCUACCAUCAUGAGCCCCGUCCGUGAGUCGCAUGAGGGCGGCUUUCCAUCCGCCCCCGAAGCUGCCCCCGCGCUCACAGAACGGGAGGCCCUGGAAACCGAGCUCAUCCGCCGCCUUAUUUCCUCGUACUUUAACAUAGUACGCGAAACCACUGCAGACCAAGUACCAAAGGCCAUCAUGCACCUCCUAGUCAACCACUCCAAAGAUGUAGUACAAAAUCGACUCGUCUCCACACUCUACAAGGACGAACUUUUUGAAGAACUUCUUUAUGAAGACGACCAGAUCAAGACGGAGCGCGAUAAGUGUGAAAAGCUACUCAAGACAUACAAGGAAGCCGCCAAGAUUGUUGGCGAGGUGUUGUAA